UAAAUUCACGGUAAAACACACUAAAAUCGUAUUACUCAACCAUGUCUCCGCGAGUCUAUGGAAUCUAUAGUGUCUAUAGUCCAGAUCGACUACGCAGAGAAAAGUUUUCUCCGUUUUUCUCUGUGAGAUACUCGCGAUCAGCUUUUUGGUGGUUUUUAUUUUAACGUGUAUCGUCGUGUUGUUUUUAUUUCGAGGAGAGUCGCGCAUCAAACAAAACUUUUGUGUCACAAAACAAAACAGUGUCGUUUCCUGCGUUUAUUUCAAAGUUUUCAGUGAAAAAAUCGAAAAAAUUGUUUAUUCUCGCAAAAUGAAAUGCACCUUGUGCAAGAAAAGUUCCUCAAAACUGGUAACGUACCGCCUGUGCGACUGUUGCUCGGAACGGGUGGAGCACGGUUGCCGGGAGGCGAUCUUUUUCGUUUCUAACGAGCAGUCCACCGCAGCGGCUGCUGCUGCUGCUGUCCGGAAGGUGGAAUGCGACAUCUGUCUGGAACCGGUCCUGAAGGAGAACCUGGAGCAGCAUCGGGAGUUGUGCUGCGUCAGUCGGACAGUGUUCCGGUGCACGAUAUGCGAUGCGGACUACCAACACAAGACGGGACUGUGGGAGCAUCUCACGUCGCAUGAGAUUCACGAUGAAACUAAAGAGGAACACGCUCAGGAAACGAAUGUGAUGUACGACUUCCACAAAUGUGCACUAUGUGAAGAUCAACGAGUUUAUCGGGAGAGUUUCUACUGGAAACACAUUCACGAAGAUCAUGAUGGAUUCUUCCUUAAAUGUUUGGAUUGCGACGAAAACUUCCGUUCACUUAAGCUUCAGGAUGAUCAUUAUAAGAACCAUUGUAAGGCCAGACAAAGAACACCCGAACUAGAUGCCGAGCGAGACGAGGAGCGAUAUGAGGACACAUUUUUUCAAGAAAGUGAACAAAGUCCUUUGUCACAAAAUGUAAACCUUGAGCUUGAUAAUCAAAGCGACCAGUCGACAUCGUCUUCAUCAGCCAACGAUACGUGCCCAGACUGUGGAACUGAAUUGGGAAAGCGCACAGCGACUCAUUACUGCGAAGUCGACCGUCAGACAGUACAAGACGAACAAUCGGAUUCUUCAGUGCACGUCCAUAAGCAAUGUUCGGAUUGUGGACGUAAAUUCCGAAAGCUCACAACCUAUGCCAGGCACAUUUGUGAAGCCGAAACGAAAGUACAAAACUCCGUGGAAGCGAAUGAAAGUUCCGGUGGCGAGAAGCCACCUAACCCUCCUCAAUGCUCGUAUUGUAAGCGUAUUUACAAAGACUACGACAGCAUGAUGCUCCACGUGCGAACGUUUCACAAAAAAGCACGGUGCACCAUUUGCGGUUUGGUGUUUAAGAAUUACUGUUCGGUCAAAGAACAUAAACGAACGGUUCACGCCGAACGUGUCGAGUGUUCAAUCUGUAAGCAAAUGUUCAAGAAAACAAGCAUUAAAAAUCACUUGAAAUCGCACAAAAAGGCAAGUCAUCUGUGUCCGGAGUGUGGAGAGGUGUUCAAAUCAGCUCACAAUUUGAAGGUGCACAUCGGACGCUUUCACACUCCGGGUAAGGAACCGUUAAUGAAGCGCUUCGUGAGAAAAAAGAGUAAAAAUCGCAUAAUUAACGAUGACACGCUUGCGAAUGAAAAUCCUUUGUCACAAAAUGUAAACCUUGCACUUGAUAAUCAAAACGAACAGUCGAAAUUGUCCUCAUCGGCCCACGAUGCGUGCCCAGACUGUGGAAUUGGAUUGGGAAAGCGUACAGCUACUCAUUUCUGCGAAGUCGGCCGUCAAACACUGCAAGAUGAACAAUCGCACAAGAAAUGUUCGGAUUGCGGACGUAAAUUCCGAAAGCUCACAACCUAUGCUAGCCACAUUUGUGAAGCCAAAACGAAAGUAAAAAUCUCCAUGGAAGCGAAUGAAAGUGCCGGUGGCGAGAAGCCACCGAGCCCACCUCAAUGCUCGUAUUGUAAGCGUAUUUACAAAGAUUACGACAGUAUGAAGUUGCACGUGCGAACGUUUCACAAAAAAGCACGAUGCACCAUUUGCGGUUUGGUAAUGAAGAAUUACUCUACGGUCAAAGAGCAUAAACUAACGGUUCAUACCGAACGUGUCGAGUGUCCAAUUUGUAAGCAGACGUUCAGGAGAACAAGCUUAAAAAAUCACGUGAAAACGCACAAUAAGGCAAGCCAUCUGUGUCUGGAGUGUGGAGAGGUGUUUAAAUCUGGCCACGCUUUGAAAUUGCACACCCGACGCUUCCAUACUCCGGGUAAGGAACCGUUCAAGGAGCGGAUCGUUAGAAAGAAGAGUAAAAAUCGCAUAGUUAACGACGGGAUGCCUGCGGAUGAAAACUUGAAAUCAGAAGGAGGUUUCUUAGAAAGCUUUGGUAAUCUUUAGGAAGACAGGAACUACGGGAACUACCGCGUUUUCUUUCAUGUACAUAAGAUUACCAAUUAAAAACAAAAUGCCAUUUCUUUUGAAUACAUGUUGCUGCUGUUGCUUUUUAUGAUGAACAUUUCUUGUUUAGAUUUCUAGUUUUGGAUAAACAUUGGGAAUAUUUUGCUCGUUUUGAAACAAAAACAGCGAAAACAUCAAUUUGAGCUAUCAGUUGAAAGACGACAAAACAGAAGAAGCACAGAAUACACUGUAGAAUUCUCAGUUCCAUGCAGUGGCGUAGCAAGGAGGGGUGCGGAGGUGCGGUCCGCACCGGGCCCCCGAAUUCAAGGGGCCUCCAAAUCAGUGAAGGUUUUUUACACUAGUUUGAAUAAAGUUUUUUAAAUAGCGAAAGUUUGCUACAAUUAUAAGUUCAAUACUUGCAGAUCUGCUGAAGGGUUUGUAGGGGCCCCUUCGUGAGAUUUUGAAAUGGGCACACAGAUGACUUAUUUGAAGUCCUUUUUUUUCGAUGAUUGCUCUUUGUACCGACAGGGGUCCCAAAAUACAAGAAAAAAUGUACCAGAAAUCAAAAUAUAAUUUUACGAAAUUCAGUACCGAUAUGGAAGUAAAACUCAUGAGCAUAAUGAAAAUGUCCCUGAUACUUAUCCCAACCACAGGACCAAACAUAGCUGUUUACUUAGCUUAGGAUAGCAGUUGAAAUUCAGAGGUCUUAUUUAUUAAAGUUAAGAUCUGAACAUAUGUCACAUGAAAACUGUAAUAACAAAAGUUUGUGGAUAAGUUUUACUCUCGUAUAAAAAAUGCAAUCAACUUAUUCCAACUAUUUCAUCAAGUAUUUCUUUCUACAUAUUCCUUGAAGGGUUUCUGCGGGAAUACCUUCAGUAAAGGUCCUUGUCUCUGGGGAUAUCUUUCACGAUUUAUCUGGAGUUACAUCAGGAGCUCUACAAAAAUUCCUCUAAGAUUAACUUCAGAACUUUUUUCAGGGAUUACUCCAGAAGUUCAUCUAAGUAUUGAUUUAGGAAAGCUUACAAUGAUGCAUUCCUUCAGGAACUUCUCCAAGCAUUUCUACAGGAACUUCUCAAGAAAUCCUUCAGGAAUUCCUUCAAAGAUUUUUUCAGGAAUUUCUUCAAACAUUCGUUCAGGAAUACCUCUUUGAAUUCCUUCAUAAAAUCCUACAACCCAUAGCUCGAUGUGAUUUUGAUGAGUUAUUCAAAAAUCUAAUGAAUAUCGCACGAAUAGCUCAAAGUGAUAUGAUAUCAGUUUGUGUUCUUGUCGAAAUAGCUGAAAAUUUCUACAUAAGAGCAAGUUUAGCUCUACUGCACGAAAUGAAACACAUACACCCAUAGAGAUGGCUCAAUGUUAGUGAAAUGCCAUGUGCCCCUUUCUGAGCUGUGGAAAAGAAGAACCGCAUGCUCUUAUUUCCAUGUUAUUUACAACAGCGAGCCACAGUUGAGUGGUAAGCAUCGCCGCCUGUGAAUCCUAAGGUCGUAGGUUCGAUGCUGGAUGCUGACAUUUUUUUUUAUUUUUUUGUGUCAAAUCUUGUCUGCUAUUGUUUUGAUCUUGUAAUAUCUUAAAGAGUUAUUAUUGAGUAGUUCACUAUAAUAGUUUUUGCUAUUAUUUCUGUUCUUUUACCUCUUAUAUCAAUCAAACCAAUAUCAGUUUUUGCUCUUCAGUAAUUCAAUCAAUCAUAACUGAAUAUGCUAUUCAUCAGAUUUUUCCACCUACUCGGGAUGAAGUCCUUAAUCCCUCAGAUGAGCUUUAAGAAAUAAUCUUGUAGGAGUACCUCAUGAAAAAUAUUUUUCAUGAAUUUCGGAGAUCACGCUUGGAGCCAUACCUGAAUGAAUCCUUGGAAGAUUUUCUAAAGAAAUUGUGGAGGUAUUCCCGAAGGAAUUCUUGUAGAAAUGUUUGCAUGAAUUUUUGGAGGAAUUUCUAAUAGAAUCUUUGUCUUGAUGAAUUUCAAGACGUAUUCGGAAAGAAUCAUUGGGUUGAUUUUGCAGGUAUCUUUGAUGACAUUCUUGAAGGAUUACUACAGUACAAGGAGUAGCUUGAGGAUUUAGGUAAAGAAUUCCUAGAGAAAUUUUGAAGGCAAAGAGAUUUUUGGAAGAACUAAUGAUGACAUGACUAUUAUUUCUCUAAGAAAUCAAUGGCGGAAACCUCAAUGAAUUCCUCUCAAAUUCUUUGGAGCAAAUCGAAAAAUAAAAGAGAUCCUGUAUAUUUGGGGAUGCAUGUGUUCAUACUUGUAGGAUUAUCUGAAGGAAAAUUUUAAAAAAUCCUUGAACGAAUCUUUGUAUUGUAGCUUGAAAAAAAAAAUCCUUGUAGAAAAAGAUUAAAUUUUCACUGAACUUCCAUAAAAGAUUAUUGAACGAAAUGUAAAAAAAGGACUUGAAAAAUUCGCAUGAGGAAUCUUUGGUCGAUUUUCUACAGCAAUUUUUGGAGGAAUUCUUACGAAAUCCCUGCAGGUAGAAUUAAAGAAAUGCUUGAACAAAUUCUUUAGAAAUCCUUUGAAGGACUUCAAGUAAAACCAUUUGAGGCAUUGCAAAAAGAAAUUCUUGGAGAAAUUUCUUAAAAAAAGAAUUCCUAACGGAUUCUUCUCCAAAAUUGCUGAAGUGAUUAUGUGCGGUAGCCCCAAAAUAAUCAUUUGUGGAAUUCUUAAAAAAACUUUUUAUAGUAUUCAUGGGAAUACAUUUAUUUAAAGAAAUUGCUUCAGAAACGCAAGGAGGAGUUUGUAGCAACUUUCGAAAGAAAUCUUAGAGAAAUUUGUAAAGAAGUCCUUGAAGUAAUUCCUAGAUAAAUCGUAAAAUAUAUUCAAGAAAAAGUUCUUGGAGUUCCUCACUUGGAACAAAUGCAUCAUGAAAUCGUAAGAAUCAUUUUUAAAAGUUUUGUGAAGGGAAUCUGGACGAAACUGGUGUUCCUGAUGGAAACCUUGUAAGAAUACCUGAAGGAUUCAUUAAAAGAAUCACAGUAGAAUUUUCUGGAGGAAUUUCUGUGAAAAUUCUGGAAGGAAUUUUUUUUUAUUACAAUUUCUGAUGCAUUUCUUCGGAAAUUUCUUUUGGAUUUUUUUUUUCACCAAUUACUUUGAAAAUCCGUGCAGCAAUUCGUUAAGGAAUAUCUUAAUCUCUUCAGCAAAUACUCUAAAAAUUAUCUUCGGAAAUUCCUUUGGGAAUUCCCUAAGGAUUUUUUUUUCUGAUUUCAUUCUGCAUUAUUUCUAGAAAAUUUCUGUGGCUAUUAUUUUGGAAACUGUUUCAGCUAUUGUGUCGAAAAUUGAGUGCGCUAUCCCUUUGGUAAAAAUUCUCAAGCUUUUUUAGGAUCUCUGUUAGAAGUAUCAUUGAAAAUUUCUGCGGCAAAUCUAUUGAGAAAUUGUUAAGCAAUUCCUUUGAAAACUUCUUUAAUGAACUCUCGGCAAUGCUUCUGCAAUGACUUUACGAACUUCAGAUUCUUAUUUCUACGGAAAUUUCUUUAAAAAUUUUGUCUGCAACCUUUUGCUGUUUUUUUACUAUUCAUUUGAAAAAUUAUCUGAUAAUUACUUUGGGAAUAAUUUUAACACUCUUUUGGAAACUUCUUCGCCAAUUCAUAUGGAAAUUGAUUGGUUUAUUCAUUUGGCAUUUUUUUCGGCAAUUCCUUUGGAAUUUGUUUUGGUAGUUCUUUUGAUAAUUUUUCGGCAAUUAUAUUCGAAAUUGAUUUUAGUUAUGUUUUUUGAAGUUUCAAUAUUCUUUGGGAAAUUGUUUUGGAAAUUUAUCAGGAAACUCCUGCGGGAUUUCAGCAAUUUUAUUGAAAGUUUCACCGGCAGCCCCUUUGCUAAUAUGCCUGAAAUUUACGUUUGUUUUUAUUUCAAUAGUUCCUUUAGAAAUACAUUCGACAGGUACUUUGAAAAUUCCUUAGUCAAUUCGAUUGACUGACUCCGGUAAUUCCUCAAAAAAUUCCUUUGGUAAUUCCUCUGGAUUUUUUUUUUCAUAAUUCUUCACGGAAUUACGUCUGUUAUGCAGCUGGUUUUUGUCUGGUUUUGCAGUUCUAUGAGAUACACUCUUGCGAAAUAAAAAAAAUCCAAGAAUUUAAAACGGAACGGUCGAAGAAAAUCGCAUGGAACUACCUGAGGAAUUUCAAAAAAAAAAAAAAAAACCAGAGAAGUUUACAAACAAUUUCCUAAGAAAAUCACAAAGAAAUUUCUAAAAAUGUUUUUUUCUUAAUUUUAUUUCUUGAAAAAAAACUAUUUUUUUUUUAAUUUUCAAUGAGGAGUUCUUGCAUUCUUGAAUAAAUUAUUGGAGAAAUUUCUUAAAAAUCUUCGAAAAAAGUAAAAGUGCUGAAGUAAUUAUAUAAAUACAUGAAGAAAUCCUUGCAUGAAAGAAUGCCCGAAAGAUAUGUUGUAAAAAACAAUAAUUUGUGAAAUACUUGGGGACAUCAGUUUAACCCUUCAGGACGCGUGUCGUUGUAAAAAGUACAACAAUGCCAAAAAAACCUCGCUCGUCGUAUACAGCGCAAGCACAGUGUAUUUUUAGGCUCGAACAGGCGCGCGUCCUGAACGUUUAAGUAAGAAUAAAUGAAAGCAAUUGAGGAAAUUCUAAGAGAAUACUUUAAUAAAUUUUGAACGAAUCUUUGGAGAAAUCGCAAGAGCAUUUAUUGGAUGAACUACUAAAGACAUCUUUGGAAAAAUUCCCGAAGAAAAUUUGGGAGGGAUUUCUAAAGGCCUCUUUGAAGGAAUUUCUAUAAAAUUUUGAAUAAAACCUUGGAAGAAUUCCUAAAGCGAGUCCUGGAAAAGUCCCAAGAGUAAUCCUCGGUAGAAUUCUUGAAGAAAUUGCUAAAUAAAUUAAACAAGGAAAGCUUUAACCGAUUGAUGAAACCCUUGCAGUAGUUUCUAACAAGAUCCUUGAAGGAAUUCUGAAAGAAUUUUUUGAUAAUUUUCGAAAGUUUUGUUUUGGAGAAAUAUUUAAGAAAUCCUUGGAAAAAUUCCCGUAGGAAUUCUAAAAGCGAUUCCUGAAGAAUUCCCUAUGGAUAUCCUCUAUGAAAUCUUAAUCUUGCAUGAUUCACUUAAAAUAUGCUUCUAGGCAUUCUUAAAGAAUUCCUGAAGAAAGUAGCAAAACAGUCUUAGGAGGAAUCCUUGGAGUAACAUGAGAUUUUUUUUAUUUGAUAAGAUAGGGCAUCUGUUCCUUUACUAUUUAGGCAUAUACGAUCCAAUUUUCAUCCAUCUCAAAUCAAAGGAAUGAAGCGCUUUUUGUCUUGUUUCUUUUUUUUUGUAUUUUUGCUAGAAGUGAGCACGAAUGAUAACAAAAAUUACGAAAUCAUCGGUUCCGUAAUCGCUUUGUUUUCGAAUAGAAUUCAUUCGCGAUUGUAGGAUUAUUAAGGGCAUGUUGACCUUACCAGGAAUUCUCAGAGAUUUUUUUAAAAGAUUUUUUCGGAGUAAUUUCUAGCUGAAUGGUAAAAGAAGGUCUCGAAAGAAUUUUGAAAAAUCACAAUAGAUUUUUUUAAAUAGUGCCCAGAGAAAUGUUAGCAAAAAUUCUGCAGGAAUCCUUGGAAAAUGUCCUUGAGUUGAUGAAUAUUGGAGAAUUCGUUGGAGGAAUUCCAGAAGGAUUUUUCGAAAGAAUUUCUGCAAAACUCCUACGAAGUUACUCUAAGAAUAUUCUUAGAGUAACUUCUGUAGGAAUCCUUGGAGAUUAAAAAAAAAUAUCCAACGGAUUCUUUGGGACUUGAAGAACCCUUGCAGAUAUUUAUCGAAACAAGCAUUCUUUAAGGAAUCAUUGGAGGAAUUUCUGAAAAAAAUCCUUGGAAUCCUUGUGAGCAUAACGUGAUUUUAUUGCGUUUCAAUUCCUUUGUGUUCCCGGUUAAAUUAACUAAAUAGUUUUAAUUUCCGUGGGUAGAAUGACAAUUCAAUCGAUAAAAUGACAGUUCACCCCGAACAAAAAAAAAUCCCCAUACAAACUUUAAAUGGAUUUUAAAAAUAGUUCCCGGGCACCAAAAAUGAUGAAAUUUUGGAUUUCGACUAUUUUGUAGACGGAGAUUCCGAUUAUGAAAUAAUCGGGAUACCCCUACAGAACCCGAUUCCGAUUUUAUUUUUGUGGUUCCAAAAAAAUCUUUGGGGAAUUGUUUUCUGUAAUCUUCUAAAUUAAUAAUCAGAGAUAUUAUUGAUAGAAACCCUGAUGGACUUCCUGAACAAAUGUUUCGAGAAAUACUCGAUGAAGCCUUUGCAAGAAUCUUUUGAAGUACUUUGAAGUAUUUUUGAAAACAUCCUCGGAGACAACACUAUAAGAACUCCUGAAGGAGUGCUUAUAGAAAUACUGAAUGACAUCCUUGCAUUAACGACUUGAUUCUUGAAGACAAAUUGUUCUUCAAGAAAGAUUUUUUUUAAAGAAAACGGUAAAGAAAUCUUUGAAGGAAUUCCUUAAAGAUUACUUGGUGUUAAUUUCGGGUUUUAUACUUAAAAGAAAAGCUCACUGCAGAAAGCGGACCACGAGGUGUAACCAACGCUAGAUUGAUCGGAAGGAAAAGUAUCCUUUUUAGGUUAAGUCACUGUUUCGGAGCUUGCAGAAAUACGUCCACUUCGUUCGGUGUCAGAUGUAGAAGAGAGCCCGACAGUCGUCGGAUUGUUUAUUCAAACCUUCGUGCUAUAAACAUUUGACAGAGAUCAAAUGCACUCUAAAUCCAAACAUAUGACAUAAUUUUACUUUAUACACGUUUAACUUUUAUAGUAGUCACUCUAAAAUUAUUUCAAUUGGCGGACGCAACAGUCCUUCCUCUUUUAGAGUUAUUCGAUUAACUAUUUUAGUUAUAAUAGAAAAGUAUUUCAAAUAAUAUUACAAAAUUUCUUCGAAUAAUUGUUACAAUUAAAAAUAUUUGAAUUCA